CCGUUGGAGGAGGGAAGGGCUGCUGUCUCCUUCUCUCUAUCUUGGCCGGCGGCGGCACUGCUCGUUCGGCGGACAGCGUAGGGGGGGGGCUCUCUGUGCGUUGCGUCGUUCCUUCGUUCGCUCCUUCUUCGGUUGGCUCAUUCUCGCGCGUACGCGUAGCGCCGCGCGCACAGACAGACACGAACUCAAGCGGCGACCUCUCCUUCAGCUGCGCGGGGAAAUCGGCUCUCUCGGCUGCUCUGCCGGUAGUUAGCAGCAGCAGCGACUCGCUCGCUGCUCGGCCUGGCCUCUCGGCGUGUGUGUGUGCGUGUGGGCACGCGUGCGCCUGGCGUGUUUGUGCCCCCCGCCGCCUGCGUUUUUCGGCGGGGAGAGGAACGCCGCCGCGUCGUACUACGUUCUCGCCGCUGAGGUGGCUGUCUGUGGGCUGGCCUGGCCCGUGUGCUGCUGCUCCCCCCCCCCCCCCCCCCCUCCGGUUGUGUCGCCGGCGCCGCUGAUCUCCCCGCCGCGGCUGUUGUGCGCGCCGGCUCGGCGGUGUGCCUCUCGCGACGACGACCACGCUAGCAGCGCCAUUUUGCGCUCUCUCUGUCAAGAACUGACCUUCCGCCCCGGCGCUCUUCGCGCCGCCCAGCGCCGCCGAUCGCCUUCGGUUCUUCAGCUCCCGUGCUCUAUUUGCUCGCUUCCUCCAGCCGGCAACGAGUGCAUUUAUCUCGCGGGCUUCGAAACAGAAUGUGUCGUGGUCGACUGUUCGGGAGCGAGUGCGUCCGCGCCCUGUCACACCGUUUGUCGGGCUAGCCUUGACUGUGGCGUGGUGUCCUCCUCGGCUGGGAUGCCCUCCUCGUCCGCGUGAGUCGGUCGCGGCAACACCGGACCCCUCAAGGAUAUCGGCGCAACAGCGGCGACCCUGGUGUGGAUGUUCGUCGGUCGUGGCGACUGCCGGCGCACCGACACCCAGCGAUCCUGCGCCCAUGUUUCUUGCGCCGCUCUGCGCUUUCCAAAGGUGGGAGCCUGAGACAAUGGACAACAUCCAUAGUCUGGACCCACGAAAACAAGAAUUGCUGGAGGCUCGGUUUCUGGGAAAUCGGCAACUGUGCAACAACCUGGGUCCGGGUGGUGCCUACCUGGGUCAGACAUCGCAGUCCUCUUCUGGUGGUGCGAUGGCGGCGGCGGCAGCCGCGGGAGUUAGCGGGCCCCUGGCGGGCGUGCCGGCUUCCCAGCUGCUGGUCCACGUGUCCUCCUCGGGCAGCUCAAACAACACCAACCACAACCAGGACUCAAACAUGAGCAACACCAGUCUUGGAUCACAGCACUCCGACAAGGAACUCGAGCCUCAGACACCAGAAAAGCACCUUCGGACACCUCCCCAGUCAGAGCGGAAAAGGAAACGAAUGAAAGAGGAUGCUGCUACAGCUGCAGCAAAAGGAGCUCGAACAACAUGUCCCGACAACCCAAAGAAAAUAAAUGAAUACUUUAAGAACCAGGGGCAUAGCCCCAGCCGCUUUGGAGGGGCCAGGUCACCUGUCCCUCAGGGCUACUGCCUGGGUGGCAGUCCGCUAGUGUCCCCGCUGACAUCUGCACUCAACAGUGUUGACUAUGCGGGGCUCAUGGCACCACCUCAGAGGCCUGCUCAAACGAUGAUGCGGCAGAUCCAAACAGAUCUCACCAUCAACAAGAUCAAAGAGCUGGAGAGCAAAUCAGCCAUGGACCUAGAAAUGAGGGACAACCGGAUAGAUGAACUCCAAAGAGGCAGCGAAGAACUGCGGAGGCAAAUUCAGGGACAGCAGAAACUAAUACAGAAACAAGAGGAGCAACUCCUCAAGUGUAUAGAUGUUACAAAGCAACUCCUUAUAGAAAAGUCGGCUAUGGAAAAGAAGCAGUCUCGGCAGAAGUGCAUGCAGAACAGGCUAAGGCUAGGGCAAUUUGUGACGCAGCGACAAGGGGCAUCAUUUGUUGAAAACUGGGUAGACGGCUACGCUUUCAACGAUCUUUUGAGGAAGCAGGAGCAGAUAACGUCAGAACGGGAGGAAAUUGAACGGCAACGAAAGUUGCUCUGCAAGAAGAAGCCCUUGACGGGGCAGCCGAAAGGCAAGGGGGCGGGGGCAUCCAAUAAUGGGGCUGGUGCAGCCUCCAGUGCACUAGCCAAUGGAGAGUUUGUGAAGCCAGAGUCUCCCAAAGACCUCGCGCUGCUACGGCUGACCUGGUACGAGUACUAUGAGCAGGAGGAAAUCCUGAAGCUGCGCCAGGUGUCGCUGAAAAAGGAGGACACCGACUUGCAGCUUGAGUUGGAGAAACUGGAGCGGGAGCGGAACCUGCACAUUAGGGAGCUCAAGCGCAUACACAAUGAGGACCAGUCCAGGUUUAACAACCAUCCUGUCCUAAACGAGAGGUAUCUGCUACUAAUCUUGCUGGGCAAAGGCGGCUUCAGUGAAGUACACAAGGCAUUUGAUCUUAAGGAGCAGAGGUACGUGGCUUGCAAAAUUCAUCAGCUAAACAAAGACUGGAAGGAUGACAAGAAAGCAAACUACAUCAAGCAUGCAUUAAGAGAGUACAACAUUCACAAGUCCUUAGACCAUCCCAGGGUUGUAAAGCUUUAUGAUGUCUUCGAAAUAGACCCUAAUUCCUUCUGCACAGUGCUGGAGUACUGUGAUGGGCACGACCUGGACUUCUACCUCAAGCAGCACAAGUGCAUCCCAGAACGAGAGGCACGCUGCAUCGUCAUGCAGGUGGUGCAUGCCCUCAAGUACCUCAAUGAAAUCAAGCCACCAAUCAUACACUAUGACCUCAAACCAGGCAACAUCCUCCUGGGAAGCGGUAGCCUAAGUGGGGAGAUCAAGAUCACAGACUUUGGUCUCAGCAAGAUCAUGGAUGAUGACAACUACAGCCCCGAAUAUGGAAUGGACCUAACUUCACAGGGUGCUGGUACAUAUUGGUACUUGCCACCUGAGUGUUUUGUAGUGGGCAAGACACCACCCAAGAUCUCUUCCAAAGUUGAUGUCUGGAGUGUGGGUGUCAUCUUCUAUCAGUGCCUCUAUGGCAAAAAGCCUUUUGGGCACAAUCAGUCCCAGGCAACAAUACUGGAAGAAAACACAAUUCUGAAAGCAACGGAUGUGGAGUUUCCUGCAAAGCCUGCUGUCAGUAAUGAGGCUAAGCAUUUCAUCCGCCGCUGUUUGCAGUACCGCAAGGAAGACCGCAUUGACGUGUUCAGCUUGUCCAAUGAGGAGUACCUGAAACCGAACUAUUCAAAACAUGGGCGACAGGCCAGUGCUUCAGACAAGUCGUAGCCACCGCUGGGGGCCUAACGAACACCUUUGAAACUAGCUCGAAUGGAGAUGAAGCAUAUAAAACAAAGAAGCGCAGCGGGAACACGUUGAGCAAGUGCGUUGCCACCACCACCGUCACCACCACCAGACGAGAGCAAAACCAAAACAGCGGCGGUUGCGCACUGCUCCUUGAGUAUCCCCCCGGCAGUUUGUUGUUGCUGUUAUUCCGGGGGAAGAGCACUUCCUGCCUGCGUGACCAGGCAGAGACGGUGUGUGUUCCUUGUCACAGCAGUGAGGCGAAUGACGUGAGAUGUGCCGUGGUCAGGGAAGAAUGUUUGACACUGUAUAUUAGCGGAAGGAGGGAACACGUCGACUGGACUGGUAACAGCGUGUCCUUGCUCCCCCCUUCCCUACACCACUUCCCUCUGGCAUCAUGUUCUCUGUCGCUGCUUGUGUGGUCGCUCGCCCGACGCUACCUACGUCGAUGAUGUGUGUGCGUGCAUGUGUGUGAAUAGGCGUGUAUCAAUGAGGGGAUUUGCCUUCUCCUCUUUCUGUACUACUUUUUUUCCCCCCUCACAUGUCUAAUCUACCUUCUCUCUUUUUCCUCCCAUCUUCGCUGUCACGAGGUAUGUGCUGCCAGCUACUCGCAGUGACUGUGAGUUGUGCCGAGUAAGAUUGAUAGACCGACCAUUCCGCUGUGCUUAGUGGGAUAUUGGCUCCCCCACCUCGACUUCUGUUUACUGUUGACACUUCAGACGUUUCCCUUUUUCUGCCCGAGUGUCCUGCCUAUUCUUUUUUUCUUAAGAGAUGACAUAGCAGAACUCGAUUUGUGAAUCAAAUGAAAUUAGUUUCCUGGUGCCCUUACUAUUGAAGAGCAAGAGUAACGUUUGAAGAAAAGCAUCUACUAAAAGCAUUGUUCCCUGUAAAUACGUUUUUUUUUUUUUUUUGUCAUUAUUGACAACCAAGGCACUGAGCUGAAAAAUUACCUAGUGGUGGGUAAUUAAUGGAAAUAAUUGCAUGUAGGUAAACAGCAAAACAAAGAAUACGACAAUAUCCCACUUGUUUUAAGAGACGGCUGCAUUAUCCUUCUGGUGUCAUCAGAUGAACCCAGUCUCUUGACAAGUCAGUCACUUCAUCGCAUGAAUUCUUGGUGUUGCCAGUUCAUCAGUACAGCAGUAGCAUCAUGUGUCAUUCAUAUGCAGUGAUAAUUCAUUACUAAAGUGUGCUUUCUCUUUUUUUUUUUCCUUUCUAUUUGUGUGCAGACAAUGAAGUGUUCAAAAAUCAAAAAAGAAAAGAAAAAUGUGGCCUUAAGACACUGUGUUAUUCCAUUGUACAGAGCUAUGCCUUUUAUUGGACCUGAAAUGUAAAGCAUUUCUUGUUACGUGUCUACCUGGUUUCUUUUGUUCCUGGCAGCAAUGCCUUGCUCAGUAUGCUUUGGAGUUUGUUUUUAAAAAGCAGGAUCAACAUUACAGAAAUCGAAAUGCCUGUAUCAGUGUCAGUCUUGCAAAGACACCACAAUUACCUUCAUUGUUGUAACUUGCUAGACACACAGCGCCGAGAUUAAGAUUAAGCGCCCUCCUUUUUGAACAAAUCCUAGGUAGUUUAGGAUCUGUGUUGUAUGCAUCAGUUUCUUUUCUUUCAUCAACUGAAAUGACCCAUCAGGAAUGUCGACAUGGGGUUCUUGCUUCUGUCAUGACCGUGGAGGCACAUGAAAUGCCUCCUCCCAAUAUUUUUUGUUCUUCUAUCUUCUAGUAUGUUGAAUGCUGGCACUUGUGUGCAGAACCUUGCAAUGCCCCGUUGGCUUAACAUGCUGUUGUUUGCAAACUGUGUACUAGUGGUCCAUCCCAUGAGCUCCUUAGCUUUCUUUUUAUUUUAGAAGUCCUGCGAGUGUGGAAUUGUGGGUGAAUAGUGUUUCUUGUUGCAAAUGUGUUCAGUCCUCUUCUGUAGCAUUUUUCUAUUGUUUUCCUUUUUCAAUCGUGCAUGUACAGGAAUCUAGUGACGACUGGUGGACACAGUAGUUUUUAUCGUUUCUUGUGAGAAUGACAUGGUAAAAGACAUUGCGUAGCAGGAAAUUUAUCCUUUGUGCAUUCGAAGAUUCACACCCUUAUUGCAAAAGUCUUACCUUUUUUUUCUUCUCUCACAUGGGGAACAAUGCAAGCUUCUUGGUUAAAUCUAUUGGAAAGACUAGAACGCUUCUUCCUGUUUGAAGGGGCUGUAUCCUUUUAAAGAUUGAGAUUUUUUAAAGAAACUAUUCACCUGUCUCUCUCUCUCUCUUAUUAUUAUUAUUAUUAUUUUUUUUUUUGUGAUGAGUCAACUCGGGGAGCACACUUUCUAGUCAAGCCCCUCUGUCCUUUAUCCCCCCCCCCAAUGCCCUCUACACACUAGUAGUUGAUAUCUACACAAUAUGAACAGAGGCACAUCUUGCCCAUGUCUGUACUACUACUCUGUGAUGACUUACUAUACUGCCGGUAGACACCACAUCUCGGCACAAACUGUAAUGAUGUCGAGGUUACGGAGCUCUUGGGAUGGACUGGUCAGAGAGCAUGUGGAUCAUGACCAUCAUCAUCACUACCAGUAUCAUCAGCUGCCUUCACCUUCCUCCUUUUUGUUCUGCCAAGUUGCAGCAGAGGAAACAAAGAGACUUUCUGUUAAUAGUUUGUUUUCUUUGUUCUUUUCCCCCCUGCUCUCCAGUGCGAGUGCUGCAUCAUGGGCAGGCUUGCAGGAGCUGCAGAAAUGUGUUAGUUCUCCUUUAGCUUCUGCUGUUGUGCAUCGUGCAUGGAAGAGAGAGAGA